AUGGGAAUUUCUGACAUAUCUGCCCUCUGCUGUGACCUUCACAUACACAAUAAAAAGAGGCUUCUGUGUAUCUCACCCGCAGCCUCUCGGUCCUGUAGCCAAGGGGUCAGGAGCAUUCCAAGGGAGUCGUAUCUUUGCUGCUGGCUUGGUUUCCAUUGACCAACCACCAUGUCUUCUCUCCAGGAUAUGACAGAGUUUGGAGAGGCAGCUGAUUACCUGCGAAAGAGUGCCAAUGAGCUUAUGAAGCUGCAAACUAUACCGUUUGAUGGUAAGAAAAAAGGCUGGAUUCCAGAUGACAAAGAAGCCUACAUUGAAGUGGAAAUAAAGGAUUCCUCUGGUGGCAACGUCACAGUGGAAACAAAAGAUAAAAGGGUUCUAACUGUGAAGGAGGAUGACAUCCAGCAGAUGAAUCCUCCAAAGUUCGACAUGAUUGAAGAUAUGGCCAUGCUGACUCAUCUCAAUGAGGCGUCAGUACUUUCCAACCUGAAACGUCGCUAUGCCAACUGGAUGAUCUACACCUAUUCUGGGCUCUUCUGUGUAACCGUGAACCCAUACAAAUGGCUUCCUGUGUACACUGCAACUGUUGUAGCUGCCUACAGAGGCAAGAGGCGCUCCGAGGCUCCACCGCACAUCUAUUCCAUCGCCGAUAACGCAUACAAUGAGAUGGUGCGCAAUCGUGAAAACCAAUCCAUGUUGAUCACUGGAGAAUCCGGUGCAGGCAAAACUGUUAACACGAAACGUGUAAUUCAGUACUUUGCCAUAGUGGCAGCCCUUGGGGAAGGGAUCGGAAAGAAGAGCCAAGGUCCGGCUACAAAAACUGGGGGGACCUUGGAAGAUCAAAUCAUCGAGGCUAACCCAGCAAUGGAGUCUUUUGGCAAUGCCAAAACACUGAGAAAUGACAAUUCCUCUCGUUUCGGAAAGUUUAUCCGAAUACAUUUUGGACCAACUGGAAAGUUGGCUUCGGCUGACAUUGACAUUUACCUCUUGGAAAAAUCAAGAGUGAUUUUCCAGCAGCCCGGGGAGAGAAGUUACCAUAUAUAUUACCAGAUCCUAUCUGGAAAGAAGCCAGAACUUCAAGACAUGUUGCUGCUCUCCACCAAUCCCUAUGAUUACCACUUCUGCUCACAAGGUGUAACAACCGUCGAUAACCUGGACGAUGGAGAAGAACUCAUGGCCACUGAUCACGCCAUGGACAUUCUUGGUUUCAGUCAAGAUGAGAAGACAGCCAGCUAUAAAAUAGUAGGCGCCGUCAUGCACUUUGGAAAUAUGAAGUUUAAGCAGAAGCAGAGGGAGGAGCAGGCAGAAGCCGAAGGCACUGAAAGUGCUGACAAGGCGGCUUACCUAAUGGGCAUCAGCUCAGCUGACCUCAUUAAAGGUUUACUCCACCCAAGAGUUAAGAUUGGAAAUGAAUAUGUGACCAAAGGUCAAAAUGUGGAACAGGUCGUUUUUGCAGUUGGUGCUUUGGCGAAGGCUACAUAUGACCGCAUGUUCAAGUGGCUUGUUAGUCGAAUUAACAGGACGCUGGACACAAAACUAUCCAGACAGUUCUUCAUAGGAGUCCUGGAUAUUGCCGGCUUUGAAAUAUUCGAGUAUAACAGUUUUGAACAGCUCUGCAUCAAUUUCACCAAUGAGAAACUGCAACAGUUUUUCAACCAUCACAUGUUUGUCCUAGAACAGGAGGAAUAUAAGAAGGAGGGAAUCGAGUGGGUGUUUAUUGAUUUUGGGUUGGACCUUCAAGCUUGCAUUGACCUAAUAGAAAAGCCUUUAGGUAUCCUGUCCAUCUUGGAAGAAGAAUGUAUGUUCCCCAAGGCAUCAGAUAUGAGCUUCAAAGCAAAGCUUUAUGACAAUCACUUGGGAAAGUCUCCCAACUUCCAGAAGCCGAAACUCGACAAGAAACGCAGAUACGAACCUCAUUUUGAGCUGGUCCAUUAUGCUGGAGUGGUACCCUACAAUAUUAUUGGCUGGUUGGAUAAAAAUAAGGACCCUCUGAAUGAAACCGUUGUAACAGUCUUCCAGAAAUCUUCAAAUAAACUGCUGGCCAGUCUGUAUGAAAAAUAUGCUGGCUCCUACUCGGAUGAACAUCAUAAAACCGGCGUCAAAGAAAAACGCAAAAAGGCAGCUUCAUUCCAAACCGUAUCACAGCUUCACAAGGAAAAUCUGAAUAAGCUGAUGACCAACCUUCGGUCAACGCAGCCCCACUUUGUGCGGUGCAUUAUCCCUAAUGAGAGCAAAACCCCAGGUGCUAUAGAUGCAUUUAUGGUCCUUCACCAACUAAGAUGCAAUGGUGUUCUAGAAGGGAUUCGAAUCUGUCGCAAAGGAUAUCCUAACAGGCUUCUAUAUGCAGAGUUUAAGCAACGGUAUCGAAUUCUCAAUCCUAAUUCAAUCCCAGAUGAUAAAUACGUUGAUAGCAGAAAAGCCACGGAAAAACUGCUGGGUUCAUUGGACAUUGACCACACACAGUACAAAUUUGGCCACACCAAAGUCUUCUUCAAGGCUGGGUUGCUAGGGCAGCUGGAAGAAAUGCGGGAUGAACGCUUGGCCAAGAUCAUCACUAUGCUGCAGGCGAGAAGUCGAGGGAGACUGAUGAGAAUUGAGUACCAAAAAAUCAUUGCAAGAAGGGAUGCAUUGUUGGUGAUCCAGUGGAAUAUUCGUGCUUUCAACGCUGUCAAGAAUUGGUCUUGGAUGAAGCUUUUCUUCAAAAUUAAACCAUUGCUGAAGUCGGCACAGACUGAGAAGGAAAUGGCCAAUAUGAAGGAAGAAUUUGUGAAGUUGAAGGAGGCUUUGGAGAAGUCUGAAGCUAAGAGGAAGGAGCUGGAAGAGAAACAAGUCACCUUAGUGCAGGAGAAGAAUGACCUUGGUCUGCAGCUUCAAGCUGAACAAGAUAAUCUUGCUGAUGCUGAGGAGCGUUGCGACCUACUGAUCAAAACGAAAAUCCAACUGGAAGCCAAACUAAAAGAGUUGGCGGAAAGAGUGGAGGAUGAAGAGGAAAUGAAUUCUGACUUGACUUCGAAGAAACGCAAGUUGGAAGAUGAGUGUGCUGAGUUAAAAAAGGAUAUUGAUGACCUGGAGAUUACUCUGGCCAAAGUUGAAAAGGAGAAGCAUGCGACUGAAAACAAGGUGAAGAACCUUGUAGAGGAGAUGGCAGCUCUGGAUGAAAUCAUUGCUAGACUGACCAAAGAGAAAAAAGCCCUACAGGAAGCUCACCAACAAGCUUUGGAUGACUUGCAAGCAGAAGAAGACAAAGUCAAUACGCUUACCAAGGCGAAAGCCAAGUUGGAGCAACAAGUGGACGAUCUGGAAGGGUCCCUGGAACAGGAGAAGAAGCUACGGAUGGAUUUGGAGCGUUCUAAACGUAAGCUAGAAGGUGAUCUGAAACUUACCCAGGAGUCGGUCAUGGAUCUAGAGAACGACAAGCAGCAACUGGAAGAGAAGCUGAAGAAGAAAGAUUUUGAGAUCAGCCAACUAAACUCUAGGAUUGAGGACGAACAAAUGAUGUGUGCUCAACUGCAGAAGAAAAUAAAGGAACUACAGGCACGUAUUGAAGAACUAGAAGAAGAGUUGGAGUCUGAACGAGCUACACGUGCUAAGGUAGAGAAGCAACGCUCUGAAGUAGCGAAGGAGCUAGAGGAGUUGAGUGAGAGGCUAGAAGAAGCUGGAGGCGCCACAUCUGUGCAGAUCGAGAUGAACAAGAAGAGAGAGGCGGAAUUCUUGAAGAUGCGUAGAGACCUAGAAGAGGCAACCUUGCACCAUGAGGCCACAGCUGCUGGGUUGCGCAAAAAGCAUGCAGACACUGUGGCUGAGCUCGGGGAGCAGAUAGACAGCUUGCAGAGGGUCAAGCAGAAGCUGGAAAAGGAGAAAAGUGAAAUGAAGAUGGAGCUCGAUGACUUGUCUUCUAAUAUUGAGCAGCUUAUGAAAAAUAAGGGCAAUGCCGAAAAACUGUGUCGCACUUAUGAAGAUCAGCUGGGUGAGGCAAAGUGCAAGGUUGAUGAGUUGCAGCGUCAAUUAGCCGAUGUCUCUCUGCACAGAGCCAGACUGCAGACUGAGAACGGAGAAUUAUCCAGGCUCUUGGAAGAAAAGGAAUCUCUUGUCAACCAGUUGAGUCGAGGCAAAGCGUCCUUCACCCAGACCAUUGAAGAACUGAAGAGACAAUUAGAAGAGGAAACCAAGUCAAAAAAUGCACUAGCCCAUGCACUACAGGCAUCUCGCCAUGACUGUGACCUGAUGCGGGAGCAGUAUGAAGAAGAACAGGAGGCCAAAGCUGAAUUGCAGAGGUCUCUGUCUAAAGCAAAUGCCGAGGUGGCCCAGUGGAGAAACAAGUAUGAAACAGAUGCUAUACAGCGAACAGAAGAACUGGAAGAUGCCAAGAAGAAACUUGCAGCACGUCUUCAGGACGCAGAGGAGGCAGUAGAAGCUGCCAAUGCCAAGUGCUCCUCUCUGGAGAAGACCAAGCAUCGUCUACAAACAGAGAUUGAGGAUUACGUUAUUGACCUAGAAAGAGCCAACUCUGCUGCUGCUGCUUUGGACAAGAAACAAAGGAACUUUGACAGGAUUCUCAUCGAAUGGAAGCAGAAGUACGAGGAGACCCAGGCUGAGCUGGAAGCCUCGCAGAAGGAAUCACGUAGUCUUAGCACAGAACUCUUUAAGUUGAAAAAUGCCUAUGAGGAGUCUCUGGAUAAUUUGGAGACAAUGAAACGGGAAAACAAAAACUUGCAAGAGGAAAUUGCCGACCUCACAGAUCAAAUCAGUGCCAGCGGCAAAAUGAUCCAUGAAUUAGAAAAGGUGAAGAAGGCUCUAGAGAGUGAAAAGAGUGAAAUCCAGGCAGCUCUGGAGGAGGCCGAGGGGGCCCUAGAACAUGAGGAGAGCAAGACCUUGAGAAUUCAGUUGGAGCUGUCACAGAUAAAAGCUGAUGUAGACAGAAAACUGGCUGAAAAAGACGAGGAAAUUGAGAACCUGAGGCGCAACCACCAGAGGGCCAUGGAGUCCAUGCAGGCAAGUCUCGACGCGGAAGCCAAGGCCAGGAAUGAAGCUAUCCGGCUCAAGAAAAAGAUGGAAGGAGAUCUCAAUGAAAUGGAGAUCCAACUCAACCAUGCCAACCGGCAGGCUGCAGAAUCCCAGAAAAUGGUCCGUCACCUCCAAUCUCAGAUGAAGGAUUUGCAGAUUGAGUUGGAUGAUACCCUCCGACACAACGAUGAUCUAAAAGAACAGGCUGCAGCUCUUGAGAGACGUAAUAACUUGCUCUUAGCCGAGGUAGAGGAACUACGGGCCGCACUGGAACAAGCAGAGAGGGGAAGGAAAUUGGCAGAGCAGGAGCUGCUGGAGGCAACAGAGAGAGUCAACCUCCUACAUGCUCAGAACACUGGCCUUAUUAACCAGAAAAAGAAACUAGAUGCAGACAUCUCUCAGCUGACCACAGAGGUAGAAGAAGCUGUCCAGGAAUGUCGAAACGCAGAAGAAAAAGCCAAGAAAGCCAUCACCGAUGCUGCAAUGAUGGCAGAAGAGCUGAAGAAAGAACAAGAUACCAGUGCGCACCUUGAAAGAAUGAAGAAGAACAUGGAGCAGACCAUCAAAGACCUGCAAAUGCGUCUCGACGAGGCCGAGCAAAUUGCACUUAAAGGAGGAAAGAAACAAAUUCAGAAGCUUGAGGCCAAGGUCAGGGAGCUGGAAGGAGAGCUUGAGAUUGAGCAGAAGAAGAAUGCAGAAACUCAAAAAGGAAUCCGAAAGUAUGAGAGAAGAAUAAAGGAACUCACCUACCAGACUGAAGAAGAUCGGAAGAACCUGGCUCGCAUGCAGGAUCUGAUUGACAAACUGCAGAUGAAAGUCAAGAGUUACAAGAGGCAGUCUGAAGAGGCGGAGAUGCAGGCCAGCUCCAACCUAGUGAAGUACAGAAAAGUUCAGCACGAGCUGGACGAUGCAGAGGAACGUGCUGAUGUAGCAGAAGCACAAGUCAAUAAGCUGCGUGUUCGAACCAGGGAGGCUGCAACUUCUAAGCAUGAAGAAUGAUGACAUUGGAAUUCAGACAGUCUGUCAUCCCCCACCAGCAGCUGCAACAGCUGUCACCAGGCCUGAUCCGACUUCUUUUUAUUCCUAAGCAAAACCCCUACCCCUUGAAAGCAUAAUAAAAACGAGAGGCAAAAAAGCUGGCGUGUCUGUGUGUGGUGCAUCUACACUCUCCAAUUCCGAUUGUUAAUGGGAUUUGAUUUAAAGAGAAUUCAACAG